GCACAUUUUAUCAUUUUGUAUCGGAGAGAAGAGGUAUACUGCCUCUGGAUUGCCGGAGAGAUGUUGAGCCUUAAAAACACCAUUGCCUGCUUUAUCCUGCUGUCUAAACUCAUCAAUGCACAAAAUAAGGUAUUUGGGGAGGUGGAGCCGGUGCGGAUGACGUCGGAGGGCUCAGACUGCCGCUGUAAGUGCAUCAUGAGGCCCCUGACGCGGGACGCCUGCGCCCGGCUGCGCAGCGGGAGCGUGCGCGUGGAGGACUUCUACACCGUGGAGACGGUCAGCGCCGGCUCCGACUGCAAGUGCUCCUGCACCGCGCCGCCCUCCUCCCUCAACCCCUGCGAGAACGAGUGGAAGAUGGAGAAGCUGAGGAAACAGGCACCCGAGCUCAUGAAGCUCCAGACCAUGAUAGACCUGCUGGAGGGAACUCUGUACAGCAUGGACAUGAUGAAGGUGCACUCCUACAUCAGCAAGGUGGCCUCUCAGAUCACCAACCUGGAGGAGAACAUCAAGGUUAACCUGACCAGGGAAAACGACUUUGUGAGGGACAGCGUCACCAGUCUGACCAAUCAGCUGAAGCGAUAUGAGAACUACUCUGACAUCAUGGUCAGCAUAAAGAAGGAGCUCUCCAGCCUCAGCCUCCAGCUCCUACAGAAGGAUGGGUCCGCUCUGGAGAACAAGCUCCAGGAAACCGCUACGGAGGAAAAGACGAAAGACGCGGCCAAGUUUCCCGCCAAAAUGGCGGCAGGGUCCAAGCCGCCGAAGGACAGGUCCAGGCACAGGAAGGAGGGCCGGGCCGGAAAAUCCGCCAAGGGGGCGGGGCAUCAGGCCGCACUCCUCAGGGGCAUCACAUACUAUAAGGCAGAGGAGGCGGAGCAAGCCGGGAGCAGCAGAGAGAGCGCCGCCCAACUCAACGCCAUCGACACCGGCCCCUACAAGGACAAGCUUCCUGGGAACAUGCCCCUGGGGUCUGACCCCAGCCUGGAGGCUACCACAACUGCAGCUACGACCACAACUGCAGCCACAACCACAACUACAACUACAGCUACAACCACAACCACAACCACACCUAAACCCACAACCACAACUACAUCUCCUACAACAACCACUACUGCCAAACCGAAGACAUCGGCACCAAACAUUGUGAUAGCCUUGGACAACUUUGAAAACCGCAGCCAGUCCCUCUCCAAUGAAGCAGAGAAGGAUCCGGACUGCGAGGGAACUCUUGCCUCGGUGGACAAGCCGACGAAGCAGCACAGCUACGGGCGCAACGAGGGCGCCUGGAUGAAGGACCCCAUCGCCAGCGACUCCAAGAUCUACGUCACCAACUACUACUACGGCAACAACCUGGUGGAGUUCCGCAACCUCUACAACUUCAAGCAGGGUCGGUGGAGUAACCUGUACAAGCUCCCCUAUAAUUGGAUCGGCACCGGUCACGUGGUCUACGGCGGAGCCUUCUACUACAACCGCGCCUUCACCAGGAACAUCAUCAAGUACGACCUGCGCCUGCGCUACGUGGCAGCCUGGGCCCAGCUGCACGACGUGGUGUACCAGGACUCCACUCCCUGGCGCUGGAGGGGCCACUCCGACAUCGACCUCGCCGUGGACGAGAGCGGCCUGUGGGUGGUCUACCCCUCCCAGGACUACGACUACGGGCAGGGCGAGGCGGUGGUGGUCAGCCGGCUGGACCCCGGAGACCUGUCGCUGAGGAAGGAGACCACGUGGCGGACCAGCCUACGCCGCAACGCCUACGGGAACUGCUUCAUCGUGUGCGGCGUGCUGUACGCCGUGGACACCUACGAUCAGCGGGAGGCGCUGGUGUCCUACGCCUACGACACGCACACGGGCGCCCAGGCCGCGCCCCUCCUGCCCUUCCUCAACGAGUACGCCUUCAGCACCCAGAUCGACUACAACCCCAAAGAGAAGGUGCUCUACGCCUGGGACAACGGCCACCAGCUCACCUACAACCUCCAUUUUGUGGGUCACGAUUAGCGUCGCCGUCAAACGGGUUCGACCGCAACGCUGAUUAUGAAGCAACGGACACCCAACUCCGCCCUCAACGGACGACAGCUCCAACUCCACCCUCCAUCCACACGCACGUUUGUAAAGAAUGGAAAAAUGGAAAAUGAUUUGUUUACUUUAAUGUGCUCUUUUAAAAAAAAAAGAAAAAAAACUUUUUUUUGUCAGUGACGUUUUUGUUGUUUUUGGCUUUUUAUGACGGAUAGAGUGCGAACUGCUGUGGCCCUGUUGUUAAAAGCCCUUUCCUCGAAUGGAGAUGGUGGUCCUUUGUAAAGUCGUCACACAGAAUAAAGUGAUGCUUUUGUUCUCGUUUACUGAAGAAAGGGACUAAGUGGAGAUUUCCACACACAAACCUGUCUGUGAUGGGGGAUAUCCAAAUCCAGUGCUGUUAUUGAUGACACUUCUUAAUUUCUUAACAGGGUUCAAAUUACAGUUAAACAAUGUUCAAAGAGAAUUAAACAAAUACUUGCAUUUGAAUAUUCAAGGACUAUCAAAUAUACAGCAUACAUAUAUACACAUUUAUCUGUUGGUUCUUUUGUUUUAAGGUAUACACAUUUUAAAUAUAUUUUACAUGUUGCAUAGUUUACUACUCAUUGGCACUAAUGGGUAGUAAGCUAUAGUACCUUUUCAGAAAUUUUAUUUUAAGCAUUUUAUUUCUUCAGUACAGUAAUAAAUAUUACCAAUAUUUUAUUUUCAGAUCUUGCAACGUAAUUAUGUAAAUUAAUCUUGUAAAUAGUUUAAUGUGUUUCUUGUGGGUUUGAAAAUAAAGUAAACAGCACUUCUGGUAAUUAUUCUCUACCAUGAUGAGUAGCUUUGGUAUCUGCUGGUUUUUUGCACUUACGAUUAAAUAGAGUCACUGAUUGGCUAGCCCACACACCGUGUUUCCAAAGCCUAAAAUGAUUUUAUUCAGAAAGUAACUGGUAAGAGCAUUACGUUUUAUUUAAGCUAUAUAAUUGGAAACGUGUGUACCAUUACAACUUGAAGGUUCUCUGCGUGAAUUGCAAAAGCAUCCUUAGCCAGAAAACAUAGUGUCCACUAGCUGAUGAAUAUGGCUGCUGUAGCGCUUCGUGAAUCGGCAGGACAGUGGAUGGCCAGUGAGGAGUGAGGGGUGACGGAGGAGCUGAGGAUCAGCCGUUAAAAUAACAUGCAGUCGCUGGCGAAUAAGCCUGCCAUUGCUGUUCUAACAGCCACCACCGACGGCACUCCCAAAAACAUGUUCUUCCUGGAUUGCGCAUGUCCUCAUUGUGCAUGAACUGUCAGGUGUUUUCACUUUCUUUUUUCCCAUGGCAAUAGCCUUUGCAAAUGGAGGCACAGUUUUAAACAUGUAACGUACACAGCUCGUUUUUUUUUUAAACAUUUUUUUCAGGGUA